AUGACGUACCUAAGGAGAUAUGAUGAGCUACAGCUUGGGGUUGCCAACUUGGAAGGUCUUUCACAAUGGCCCAUACGUAAUGAAGAUUUUGUUGGUGAUUCAAUAAGCACUGAUCAAGCAGAUGCAAAAAUUGACAUUGAUGGCUCGUCUUCAAGUCCAGUUGAUGAAGAUUUGGUUGGUGUUGUAGUAAGUAAUAGUGAUGAAGCUUUUGAGUUAUAUAAUGGAUAUGCAUACAGAGUUGGUUUUAGUGUGAGGAAAGGUCAACAACGUUACAAGGCAUCUACUAAGUCAAUUCAGAUGAAAAGGUUCUUCUGUGCUAAAGCUGGGUAUAAGGAGAAACCAAAUAGUGGUGUCAAGGUUUAUUCAAAAAUUGAUAUAAGGACUGGUUGUGGUGCACUUGUUCAGUUUGACGUGUUGGGGGGGGGGAUGGAUGUGGACAGUUACAAAACAUGUGAAAGAGCACAAUCAUGA